GCCGGGCGGUGCGGUUGUUGGUUGUUGGCUGUGGAGGAAAAGAUGGAUACGCAGCGGGACGUUCGAACUUCCAAACGAAACGGCGGCGCCUGGUCGCUGCUGUCGGCCGGUUCCUCCAUGGCCAUGGAGGUGAAACGCAAGAAGAUCCGGCAGAGCUCGUUAUUCCUCCAGACAGAGAACAAUAACUUACAAGAAAAGCUGGACUUCGAGGUGCGGAUGCGUGAAGGGGCCUAUAAGCUGCUGCUGGCCUGCAGCAAGAGAGAGCAGGUUCUUAACGCCUCCAAGAACCUACUGACCUGCAACGCCAGGAUCAAGGCUUAUUUCACUCAGCUGCAGAAGAAAAAAGAGGAGCAAGACAUGAUGGGAGCAGUCAGGGGACUUUCCGAUCCAGUCUCAGAUGACCGUGUGCCCUGUAGCGGCACAAUUGCAAUGUCUGGGCUGCGUAUUCCCCUCAUGUGGAGCGAUUCACAUCACUUUAACAACAGAGGGAGCUCUCGUCGAGUGGCCUUGUUCUGUGUGAUGCAGAUCGGCUCCGAGGUGUUUGACACAGAUAUGGUGGUGGUGGACAGAUCCGUCACUGACGUCUGCUUUGAGGGAGUCACCAUCUUUAGAGAAGCAGUUCCUCAGUUUGAGCUGAAGGUGGAGCUGUGGAGUUGUGCCCUGGAGGAAGAGCUCACGAUGGUGAACACGCCAAAGAAGUUUGCCAAGAAGCUCCGUAACUCCUUUGGAAAAACUGCUGGGAAGAAGCUCUGCCCCCUGCUGGAGUCUCCGGACCCUGACACCUUCCUGCAGCACAACCCCAUACCCUCAGGAGCCAAGUACAGCCUGCUGGCCCACACCACUCUGCGUCUGCCCGAGGCUGAAGGCAGCUUCCAGUCUCACUCCCUCAUUGUCCUCCAAGACGCUGAGUGGUCCUCGUGGCUCCCACUGUACGGCAACCUGUGCUGCCGGUUGGUGGCCCAGCCUACCUGUAUGACACAGACCAUGAUGAAGGGCUACCUGAGUCAGAAGCAAAGUGUGGGGGGAUUGAACCGCUGCUGCAGUCUGUACUGCGUCCUGAGCGCUGGCUGUUUGUCCUGCUACUUCACCCCCGAGGAAAUUGACGCUAAGGUUCAUCCCACGCUCAACAUAGCCAUCAAUAGGGACACAAGGAUCCGUGUGAUGGAGAAGGAGUCGGCAGGCAAAAGAUCCAGGAGUAUGUCUGUCAUCAACCCUUCACCAGAGGGAUAUGAGACCGUCGUCUUUACCACUGAGACCAGGGAGGAACUGGACGACUGGCUGGACGCCCUCCACCAGCACCUCUAUGACCAGGGCCAGUGGCUGCACUGCUGUGACCGGCUAAUGAAGAUCGAGGUCGCGUCACCACGGAAACCAUCACUCUUCCUCACCAAGCAGGCGGACUCUGUUUACAACGACCUCAGUAUAAAUUCCCCUGGCAAGUUUGAGAGCAUCACAGAUAUUAUCCACAACAAGAUCGAGGAGACAGAUGGUCACUAUCUGAUUGGUCAUGAGGAGGAGACAGAUGUCCCAAACUGGUCCACUCUGUUCAAUGGAUCUAAUUCAGUGGUAGUGCAGAAGAGUAUUCUGUCCCAGAGCAAAACCUCCACCCCCUGUUCAAGCCCAAACCACAACUCCAGCACUACACCCAUCAGCAACAAGAAGCGGCGUGCCCCGCCCCCUCCUCCUGACAGGGAGCCGUAUGCUCCUCCCGCCCGUCCUACCAGACCUCCCCUUCCUGCCCCUCUUCAUCAUCCUCAUCCUCCUCCUUCAUACCAGGAGAAGGAGAACUCCACCACUUACGCCUCUCAGCCGGCCACGAGAUCCAAAACUGGCAGACCAUCCCUGGACGCCAAGUUUUCUGCCAUCAUCCAGCAGCUCCAACGGAACAAUGCAGGAGGAGCCGGGGCCCUCAGCCGGAAAAACGCUCCACUGGGUGUCCUCGAUAUUCAACCGCAAGGCCAGCCUCAGGGCCCCAGCCAGCAGCUGGAGUACCAGAGCCUCCACAGCCAGACCCCUGAAACCACAGCUGAGCCCGGUUUCGUCAGAGCCAGUCACGGCCCCGCUCCUGCACCGAGGGGCAAACUGAGGAAGUCCUUCAGAGAGAGGAUGAACCUUAAACCCUUGUGACAGUGACCUCCGACCAAAUCCGGAUUUAACCGACUAGCGCUACCUUACAACUAAUACACAUAUCUAUAACAACUAACUGUUGUUAGUUCUUCAAAUGAGCUGGGGAACAUUGGAGAAAUGGGAUAUCUGGAUAUAUUUGACUGGAACUUUAUAGGGAUACUGUGAUGAUAUUAUGGGCAUUACUAUUUGUGCAUUACUUAAAUACUAACAGAAUACUUGAUCAUUUUGGGGAAUAUGCUUAUCGCCUUUAUUGCCACGAGUUUUCAAAGUUGAUCAAAACCAAACUGUACACUAAAUAUAAAGCUGGAGCCACGAGAUGGAGAGCUUGACUUAGCAUAACAAUCAGAUAGAGCUGAUAUAAAAAUCACCUCCAAAGCUCACAAAUUAACAUGUUAUAUCUUGUUUAUUUAAUCUGUAUUGAAAAAGGACCAAGUUACAGUUUUGUGGGAGAUUAAGUGCCAGACUCUCUCUUGGCUGAGAGCGGUUCAGCCUUGUCAUCACCAGAAAACUCAAACUGUCUAACAUUCCAGCAAGUCACUGUUUUCUGCCAAGAACAGUAUUGUAUAUAAAUGCCUUAAAACCACAGCUGAUAAUUUGAACACUUUUGUUUUUUGUAAAGAUUAAACCAACAAGAUAUCACUUGUUAAACACUGAGCUUUAGAGGUGCUGGAAGGUGGUUUGGUUACUUUUGAAGGUCUUUGUGCUAAAGUAAGCGUUCCAGCUUCAUUUUGAGCAGAUGCAUAUCAGAGGGGAUCAGCUUAUUUCUCAAAAUGUCAAACUACUGCUAUAACCUAAAGGGAGGGGGAGUGACGUCCCCACCACGUCCAUCACGACAACACAAAUCCCAGUUGACGCCUCAUAUCGCAAUAUCGAUAUUGUAGCGAUACAGCUCCACUCUCUGUUUAUACACUUUCUCAUGUGCAGCUUAACCACACAGAUAAAAUUGGAAGCCGUAUGUUGGCUUGAGCACCGGCAUCAUCAAUCCCACUAAAAUGGGAAAGGCUUAUUUCUCAGCUCUGCCACUGGAACACGGGCCCAAGAAAGAGUCUUUGCAAAAGCACUCAAAUUGGAAUUGAUCCACUGGCCAACUGUGGAGGAGUCAUUCCUUUUGGAACUAUUGACUUAUUCCACUUACUGUGACGACUUUAUGACCACUAUAGCCCAUUUCAAGGGAACAGGAUUUUAGGAGCAAUUGCGAGCACUAAUGUGACUUCUCCAUUUCCCAGCGGUCUUAAUAAUGGAGUGACCUUGGUUUUCUGUAGCCACACAGUGUGUCCAACGUAAUUUAACACCGCAGCCCAAAAAAUGCUCUGAACUUAAUUGAGCAAAUGAGUAUUUUUGAGUGGCUGAAAUAACGAACGCCCUUGUGUCUUUUUUACAUAUCCCAAACUGCCUGCCACUAAAUAUUUGAACCACUUAAAUUAUCAUGUGUUGAAGAAUUGGCUUCAUAAUUAAAUGCAGUGUACAAAACAUUCGCUUUAGCUAGUUUCUCUUGAAAUUGCCUGGGCAGAUAAAGCAGCGUGAUGAAUGCUACAGUCCAAUUUUUUUUUUCUUUUUAUCUCACCCUUGAAAUUCUGUUUAAUCAAAAGGGAGAGAUGCAAAUCUGGGGAGAGGCAGAUUACAGGAGGAUUUAGUUUAAGCCUUGAAAGAAUAGAGAAUGGAUUGUACAAAGGGGGACGCAGCUCAAUAUUAGAGGUGCAUUUAAAUGUCUCCUGUGCUUGGUUAAAUUAGUCACUUUGAUGCUAAAUUCUUUAUAACUGGAAAAAUCAAGGGGAAAAUUGCAGAUAAAUCCUCACAGCUUUUGUUUUUUACUGAUGCGGUUAUAGCUGAAAUCAUCACAACAAUAAUAUUAACCUGCAUCUCAGCUUUGCAUUUACUUAGAAUAAAGCCAGAGGAAAAACAAUACAUUUCAUGUCGGUAUAUAACUGACUCUUACUGUGAAAACGUACAUUUACCUGUGUAGCCCUCAUUAACACCAGCGAUGGAAAAGUUUCUCCUCUUGACAUCGGGGUCGAGGGAGAGCAGGUGAUCUAAUGAGAAGUAAAACGUACAACUGCUUUGUGAUUUAACAAGGUCGGAACAUUCUCACUUUAAUCCUUAGCUAAACUAAUGAGCCAAAUUUAUGUUUUAAAAGUCUUUUCAUUUCUUAAUUACACAACAGCAAUAUCAACAGUAGCAGCCAUUAGCAUUGUUUAUGUUCUACAAUUCCUUCUUUAUAGGAUAAUAGUUCCCUGUCAUCUCAAUUUGACUUUUAAGCACAUUAAUUAUUUAGACUUUAAGUGGAUCGGUUCUUAUGUACUAGAGAAGCAGUGAUGUAUAUUAACCUUGUCUCUUUUGCAGUAUAAUUUGUGACUAGUGCAAUGUUAAGUACUGUAGUUAUUUUUCCUUCCUCUAAAGGUGCAACUUCUCUUCUCUCUGUUCACACUUGUCUCGGAACCUAACUGUAUUUUUCUUAAAUAUUGCUGAUCUGCAAUAAAACAGCCGACAUUCUA